ACUGUAAUACACUAUAGGUGUGUAAGCUACUGCUGACAAUGACCCUGAUAAAGGUUGACCCUAUGUGGGUCACAACACAUAUCCCAGACUAUAUCCCACCCACGUAAUGAGCUCUUCACAAGAUGGAAUAAGCACAGUACACCUGAAGUAUCCAAAGAGUACCUGUAUGUGACCACCACAAAGACCCAGCAGAGCUUCUACUCCAUUGUCUUCAUGUGACAGGAAGUGCAAUUUGAAUCUAGAUUCUGUGUUAACCAAUCACAUGCAUUUCUCAAUGUGACAUUCAGUGUCGUGGCCAAGUUACAUCACCUCCUUUACUCUGGUGAAAUACCAGAAAGGUUCCUAACAAGAGACAAUGUGAAGAUGAUCGUGUUAUGGGUAACACUGCUUGUUCUUCAUCAAGGAUAUACGCUGAUUCCGGUGAUCACGGUUCAACUUGGUGAACCUGCAAACUUGACAUGUGCUAUAUCUCAUGAGGAUUUCAGCUUUAAAAAUCUCUACUGGUACAAGCAGAGUGCCGGUGAUACUCUGAAAUUAAUUGUGAAAGUGUUUAAAUCUACAAAACCUGAGUAUGGACCACAUUUUUCUCACUCAAGAGUGGAGGUACAUAAAGAUAAGAAUUUUAAAAGCCUGACCAUUCUGAAGACAACCCGAGAAGACGAGGGAAUGUACCAUUGUGCAGUCAUGGAGUGGACCAACACAGAAUGGAGUGGGACAUAUUUGUUAGUAAAAGGAAACACUGAAAGGACAUCAAACUAUACUGUUGUUCAGUGGCCGACAGUAUCUGAUCCAGUCCCUCCAGGAGUGUCUGUGACUUUCCAGUGUUCAGUCCUCUCUGAAUACAAGAACAAGACGUGUCCAGGAGUACAUAGUGUUUACUGGUUCAGAGCCGGAUCAGAUGCAUCUCACCCAGACCUCAUCUACACUGAUGGAAGUAGCCGUGAUGAAUGUAGAAAUAAAUCUGACAUGAAUUUGUCUCCAAAGAGCUGUGUCUAUCACUUCUCUAAAAACGUCAGCUCCUCUGAUGAUGGGACUUAUUACUGUGCUGUGGCCACAUGUGGAGAGAUAUUAUUUGGAAAUGGAACUAAACUGGAACUUGUGCAAACAACACAUUCACUAUUUAUUGGAAUAGUGAUGUUAAUAGUCUGUUUGGCCAUUUCUGUUGUUGCAAAUGUCGUCCUCAUCUGCAACCGAAGUCUAAGAGUACGUGAACAAUAUAAAGGAAUGGAAAACACGAAUUCAGAAGCUCGACAUGACAAUUUGCGCCAACGUGAUAUUACUGAAGCUGAAGACAAAAUGAACUACGCUGCACUGAAUUUCUCGGAAAGAAAAGCAACAAGAGGAAGAAAGAAGAAAGAGUUUUCAGAGGACAGUGUGUACUCUCAAGUUAAAUGUUGAUGAUACUGAGCACUUCUGUUUGUGAUUGUUUUGUUGUAUAUUUUUUUAUCUUAACUAAGCACCAAAUAUUAGAGCUUACUCAGUUGCUUUAUUAUUGAUAAAAUUAGGACUAUCACAGCCUAUAAUAUCUUUUCGUUGCAUUCUUCACAUAUAAUUAGAUAUUUGGUUUUAUAUUAAUACAGAAUUUUGUGUCUGAAAAAUGUUUGUCUUAAUCUGAAAUGACUUGCAAAUUGCUGCAAUAAAAACAUUCUUAA